UCAUAUCAACGAAAGAUGACCGCGACCUUGCAAGACCCAUUUGUGUGGGCUUCUCAUGUGGCAUUUCCAAGGCCGUUGCGAAACCAAAUCAGUUUCUCAAAAUCUCUGUGACCCUUGCUUGAGCCACCUUCGACAACAUUGCUACCACGAUGACGGCUUCUUCCCUUGGCCGUGCUUGGGCACCCCUUCUGGCUGCAACCUUGUUUUCUGCUCUCGCAGUGUCUGUCGCAGACAAUGGCGUCUACGUUGCUGACUAUGGUGUGGAUGUUUCCUAUCCCAUGCACACCCAUGAAGUCUCCAAGAAUUAUCACUGGCUACCUCACAAUGUUGAUUCGUCCCUGGAAAUCCCUCCCGAACACGCUGGUCGCACUGUUCAACGCUUCGGUGAUCGACAGACAGAAUACGAAAGGCUCAUCAAGGGAUGUGCUGAUCAUUAUGGCCCCAAAGGAUUCUUGUGUUAUGAAAACGAAAAUGAUCGCAUUGCCAUGAACAUGCGACAACCCCAAUCCAUGGUCAAUUACACCAAGCUGGGAUUCACUAAAAUCAAAGCUCCUGAAGCAGUCUUUAAACUCAUUCAGGAAUUUUGGCAGGCCAAUCGUCAUCGAGCACUUGAAGAAAGCUGGCCCAAGGGAAACACCUAUGUAAAUCACUGGGAGGGACGAUCUCUCAUGGCCAGUGUAGAAGAUCAAACGCUGGUAGGAGGAGGAGAAGUGCUCAAACAACAAAUCUGGGGUGCCGCACGAGAUACCAUUCAGGAAUGGACUGGACAGCGAUUGGCGGAAUGCUCCCUCUACGGAGUUCGAAUUUAUGAAGAAGGGGCUGUGCUGGCCACUCACGUAGAUAGGCUUCCAUUGGUCAGUUCUGCCAUUAUUAAUGUGGACCAAGAUGUGGAUGAGCCGUGGCCACUGGAAGUGAUUGGACACGAUGGCAAGGCCCACAAUGUUACAAUGGAACCUGGUGACCUUGUUCUAUACGAGAGUCACAGUGUCCUUCAUGGCCGCCCAUUCCCUCUCAAAGGGCGGUUCUAUGCCAAUGUCUUCGUGCAUUUUGAACCAAUCGGCAAGCUUGGGGAAGAAUCCAUCCCACAAGGAGGUCUCCCUCCGUACGUCGUUCCAGAUUCACCACAAGCGCCGGUGUGGUGGAGAGAAAACCCCGAGGGAUGGAAACUUUUGGAAACUCAUGAUUUUACUACUGGCACCACCGAGGCACAUCGAGUUGCCACAAAGCAGGAUUAUGGAUUGCUCAAUAAGAUUCUUGAAGCGGAUCCCAGUUUGGCCAAUGCUAAGGAUGGCAACGGUUGGACUCCACUGCACGAAGCAGUCAUUGCUACUUCGGAAGCCAUUGUGGAGUUAUUGAUUGAAAGCGGUGCUGAUGUCAAUGCCGUCACCAAUGGUGGCGAAACAGCACUCAGUCUUGCCACCGAAUACAAAGGUGAAGAUCAUUCGCUCGUGACACUCCUGAAAAGUCUAGGAGCAAAGAUGGGAUCAGAACUGUAGGGGAGGAAGGAAAGCUAAAAACGACCAAAGGAGAAACCAAAGCCAGCAGUGUCAACACUAUGAGGCUUUUGAAGCAUACAGGCAAGAUUCUUCAUACGACUUCAGCAAAAUUGACUGAACUAAAACUUAAGGCCUUUGCUACUUCUCAUGGUAAUGAUAAUGUCGCAGUGGAUGAUACUGGGAAUUCCCCUUCGGAACUCCCAGUCGGCUCAUCCGGCUGCAUCCGAGAUAUGUUGGGCAAAGCUUUUCAUUAGGGGCAGAUCAACCCACACCCUCUCAGCUGGCUGACAAUAAUUCGUCCAUUCAAAAUGUAUGGCCGAGGGU